UGUCCCUGCCUCAUCAUGGGUUGUCUGUGGGCUGUGGUUCCUCGAGGAUCUCCUCUUUGGCAUGGAGAUGGUCCUUCCAAGAGUAACAUAGAUGACUUCAACUUAGAAGAUGCUCUGGAACCUACAAAGAAACCUUCUGUGCCCCAGAAGCCAGCAGUUUCUGAUGAUUACUUUAACCUGGAAGAUGCCCUUUCUCCUGUUGACCCCAGCCAAGAUCUACCUGCACAUCCUGGAGACACUGGACGAAAGGACUUAGAUCCGAAGGGUGAUGGAAAACCUGGGGGCAACUUUGAUGAUUCCGAUCUCUAUGACGGCAGUUUACCAAGAGGACGAGAUGGUGGUGGCAGCAAUGGACAAAAUGAUGCAAAUCUGAAUAAUGGUGGAGAAUCUGAGGCUUCGCAGGGAGCGAUUGCUGGAAUUAUAAGUGCUGUGGCUGCUACUGUAAUUGGAGCAGUAUCUAGCUUCAUUGCUUACCAGAAGAAGAAACUGUGUUUCAAACAAAGCGCAGAUCAAGAGAAUGUGAAUAUGGAAAGUCAUCGUGGAGCACAAUCUGAGCCACCUGUACAGCGCACGCUUCUGGAGAACUAAAUCAAGGAAAAAAUGAUGAAGAACAGACCAUUAAAACUGGAUAGAGAGCUCACUUUCUGCCUUAAAAAAAGAAAAAAAAAAGAAAAAGGAAAAAAAAAGGAAACCAAAAAGUAUAAUAUAAACAACAGAGUCUGAAGAUCAGUCCUUAUUUGAAGCACCUAUGGGAGUGUUGCUUAAAAGACCUGAGUAGUUCUGUAUGGUUAGCCCUGUGAAGCAGUAUUGCACACUAAUAUUGGCCUUAAUGACAGGAGUGUAGAAAUAUGUUGUGCCUUGACAUUCUUUCCUUUACUCCCAUGACCUUUGGGUGUGCCUCAAGUGCAUUCAGUAUGUUUAACUUUGCCUGAUCUCUCCAAAAACAGUAAGUAGUUAAUGUUCUGUUAUGCCAUUGCUUUUAGGAAAUGCAAGCAUUUUUUUUUAAUAUCCUGUAUGAAAGGAAUGUACCAAAAUGUACCAAGACUUUCUUACAUCUUUAUUUAAAAKUAAAGAAUGUUUUGUUUUUUAUUUUAUUUUUUAAUCAAAAACAACCCCAAAACAACUUGGUAAAUGCAGUGGACACCUGAAAGCAAAAUAUUACCUAGGGAAGAAUGUGGAUUCAUCGGAUAAUAYAGUUCACUGUGUGUGAAUAGGAUAAUGGAUCUUAGUGGGUUGCCGUUGAUAUGAUCUGUGUAGCUGCCUGGAUCAGCCACUAAGCAAAAUAAUAU